AUGGGCGCACUUGCCUUCUACAGUGUCUACAGAUGGGUGGCUCUGUCGAUAUACUGGAUCUUGCCAUUUGUCGGGUUGCCUGUCAUCAACGGAUGGUUACUGUACGAAAUAUGGAAGGAACGACGACGACGUAACAAUCAAGAAUGCAGGCCGAUCAUUCCUAUGCCAGAUCUACCUGUUGAUGGCUCAGAAUACAAAGACAGAGAUAAAGAAAUUACAAAAAUGUUAAUACUCGUGACUCUUUCGUAUUGGGUUAUGACAACGGGGUUUAACUUUAUGCAGGCGGGAAUAAUUGACGUGUACCACGCUUGCACUCCCCAUGAACUGGUUAGAAAUUCUACCAUCUAUACAAUCUUUAUGCUUCUCUUUUACUUGAAUCAUGCGUCGAAUUUUUUUCUGUACUGCAUCAGUGCCAAACCGUACCGCGACGAAGUAAAAUGUAUGUUUGCGCGCGGAUACAGAGCUAUCGCGAUGUUGUUGCGGACGAUCGUAACAAAAAUACAAAGUAGCUUUUAUAAUGCAGAGAAUGACAAGAGAUUGAAUUCCGUUCGAGUAUCAUAUCAUAAGAGUCGCUGCAACUCAAUUGACUCACUUUAAACUCGCACAACGCAACAUAUAAUCCCCAAACAUGAAUUUACACGACAAAUAUGCCCUAAUCCUGAACUUCCCUUAGCAAAAUGAAAAGUUUGCAGUUUGAGGCCAGGAGUUUUCAGGAAAAAUCUGUAUCGCUGCUAUUUCGCAGCAUAUUUGCAAUGAUAUAAAAUUCCUUUCGAAAAUUUGCAGCAAAUUUACCUCAGGUCUGAUAUUUUGCUAAGGGUUAGGUCUUGUACGGUUAGCAAAUGCUGUACGUUUGUCAGAAGAGGAUCAGUAUAUAAUAAUAAUAAUAGUAAUAAUAAUAAUAACAAUAAUAUAAAAAAAACGGGACUGAGUGGGAGUCGAACCCAAUCCACCGAGCAUGGCAACCAAGGACGUUACCACAGAGGAGCAAAUCAUGCUAUCUGAUAAUACAUAAUACCUGUCACGAACCUUUUCGGAAAUUGCCGAAGGCUAGAUAAUGCGUUCAAAAUAUACUUUCAACAGUUAUAAUCAAAUUCACACUAUCUCCCACUGCCCUGAGGUAUUGUUAACACUUGCAGUUGUCAACAGAUCGUUGUAGUUUGGGAGAAAAACGUGAAAAGGAGACUUCGGCUGAUCUGCUUUUACUAUACAGAUGGCAAAAGAUUUGAAUUCCGAUCGACUAUCAUUUCAUAUAUGAGUGACAGGGACAGCUGCAACUCUACCGAUUCAAUUUAAAAAUCGCGCAACGCGACAUCCACAGGUGAAUUUACACGACAAAUAAGCCCGAACUUAUAUCUUGUGAGGAAAGCAAAUGACUUACAUUUGUCAGAAGAGGAAAGGGUGAAACCAGACGCCGUGAAACAUGAUGAAACGCAACUGAAAUAAAUAUAUAUUUUAUGCGUCUCUCUCUCUCUCUCUCUCACACACACACACACAUUUAUUAACCUCCAAAAAUAUUUUUUUUUAAGUUUUAAGAAACAUACCGUACGUAAUUUACCUUUGAUUUUAAAUGAGAAGUAUAUAGCAAAAAUGUGUGUGUGUGUGUGUGUGUGUGUGUGUGUGUGUGUGUCAUGAUAAUGUUGUUUUUAAAGAGGUUUGCAUUGAUAACUAAGAUGUGAAGAAUUGGUUAUUAUCUUUUUGAGACACAAUUCAGAAAAUGUAAAAUAAAAUGUUCAGGGCGUAAUAAAGGUAUUCAGCUUUCAAAUUGUUGAUCAACAGAUUUUAACUUUUAACUAGAUAAAGAAACGCGGUUUGGAAAUGGUCCUGUUACAUUGUAUAUAGGCCAUAAGCUCGGCUGAUAGCUUCCUGAUACUGUUGUUAGAGUAUGCGGCCGCACGUUAACGUUAGUUUGGUAUGAACACAGCAAUCCAAUUAGCCAGUUAGUUAAUGUAGGCCCACAUAAUUUUAAUAAUAAUAAAAAAAUAAUAAUAAAUCCAUUUCGCUUGGCAAUAUCUACGCACAACGUAUUAUAGAAAGACUAUUCGUCUACUGUUUCUAGUCAAACGAGGAAAACAUAUUAAUCCUUGUUUCCCCACCUGCUUAGAAAAUGAAAUACUGGUUCUGUGAAAAACUUUUUUUAUACAUUGUACUCCUCUCUUGCUUUUACUUUGAAUGCAAGUAGGCUCUGGAAAAAAAUACAUCAAACUUUUCAAUUUUUCACAAAGGUUUUCCUACUUCUUUUAAGAAUGUUAUUAAAUUAAAAUGUUAGUCUGGCGAAUGUCUACAUAAUAGAACACUGUAGCAUUCCCAUAUAGCUUUAAUAUAGAUCACCUUAUACUCUGUACAGCUGAAACGACCACAAGAGAUAAGCGAAUGAAGACUUUUGUGCUUGUGAUAAUUUUUUUUUAAAAAUCAUCGUUUGAAAUUCACUUUAUUUGGAUUUGAAAUACUAUUAAAUAUUAAAUUAUAAACCCCCUCCACUUUCGCCGUUUUUUUUUUAUUUAUCAAAAGUUUGGUGACUUUGCCUACGACGUCGAAACAAGACACUUCCAAAACAUUACUUUCACACUUUUAAAAAAGAAUGAGGUGGCAGUUUUAAACUGCUUUAAGUGACUUAAUUUGCAGAAACCAAGCGAACAUUUGAAAUAACCCUUCAGUUUUUAUUUAAUCUCUGUUAACUGGUUGUUUUGGCUUAUCACUGCCACUAGCUGUGCUUUAUCUAUAGCUGCAGUCGUAGCGUGUAUGACGUCAAAUUAACAAAGAUAAAGUACGUCGUUUAUAAUUCAUCCGAUUAAUAUCCUCUGUCGAUAUAUAUAUGAUACCGAAAGGUCUGCAGCUGUAUGUGACCUAACAUUGGGAGGACAUGAGGUGAGCACAUCCCGUUAUCAGUUGAAUUGUCACUAAUCAGUUGAUCAUUCUGAAUUCAACUGCCAUCCCCUGAAGAGCCAAGAGCUACGUCUUCGCUUUCGAGUGUCUCGCUGCAUUAUUGCACCGCUUCUUGAGAAUCUAAGUUUCGUGAGAUCAAUUACACCGAAGACGAUGGUGCUAGUAUUUUGGACCUCGAUAAGAAAACAAUGUCUGUUAACUUUACCACUUUUACUGUGCGUAUCAUAUCACGGGAAUGUUGAAUCAGCUGUUUACUGGGAAGAGACGAAUAAUGUGACGUAUUGCACGUUGCCUCGUGAUAAGACAUUACCCGACCCUGACUGGGGACCCGGAAAUUGCACCCCCAAACCUGAAGACUAUCUUAAUUGUGUGUAUUAUUGGACAAAUGCAUCUGCCACAACCGCUACAAUUCGUACACACUACUUGAAUAGAACUGAUGCCGCUUACUCAGACUAUGUGAUUUACGUUGGUCGACCGCUCAUUUAUUGUAUUGGACUGGUUUGUAAUAUCCUAUCCAUUUGUGUUUUCUCCCAAAAACAGCUCCGCCAAGUUGCGACCUGUCAGUUCAUGAUUGCAAUAGCAGUGUUUGACAUUUUAACUAUAUUGAACGGAUUUUUUUACUGGAUUGAAUACGAGCUCCUCGUACCAGUGAUGACUGCACAUGUGGCUCUGUGUAAAAUAUCUGUAUUUACUGUAUAUUGUGGACCACAAAUGAGCGCGAUCACGUUAACUUUAAUGAGCGCCGAGAGACUCAUGAGAAAACUAAACACCGCAGCUCACGAGAGAUGGUUCUCCAUUAAAAGAACCCGUUUGUACAUCGUGGUUAUUGUUUUGGCUAUGGUGCUCCUGAACAUCUACACCUUUGUCUCCGACAUAUUCUUUGAAGAAUGCUGUAAAAAUGUUUGUUGGAAUAUAUAUCACGAUGGCACCGAUAUGUUAGAACUUCAUGAGAAAAACUGCAGAAAAGGUGUGGGGAACAACUGCGGUAAUAUGGGUGCACUUGCCUUCUACACUGUCUACAAAUGGGUGGCUCUAUCAAUUUACUGGAUCUUGCCAUUUGUCGGGUUGCCUGUCAUCAACGGAUGGUUAUUGUACGAAAUAUGGAAGGAACGACGACGACGUAACAAUCAAGAAUGCAGGUCGAUCAUUCCCAUUCCAGACCUAUCUGUUAAUGGCUCGGAAUACGACGAAGACAGAGAUAAAGAAAUUACGAAAAUGUUAAUACUCGUGACUCUUUCGUAUUGGGUUAUGACAACGGGGUGUAAUUUCAUGCAGGCGGGAAUAAUUGACGUGUACCACGCUUGCACUCCCGAUGAACUGGUUAGAAAUUCUACCAUCUAUACAAUCUUUAUGCUUCUCUUUUACUUGAAUCAUGCGUCGAAUUUUUUUCUGUACUGCAUCAGUGCUAAACCGUACCGCGACGAAGUGAAAUGUAUGUUUGCGCGCGGUUACAGAGCCAUGUCGUUCAAGCGUAAUAAGAACGAAACCAAAAUACAAAGUUGUUCUUACAAUGCAGAAAAUGACAAGAGAGUGAAUCUCGCUCGAGUAUCAUUGUAUAUGAGUGACGGGAGCCGCUGCAACUCAAUUGGCUCACUUUCAAAUAGCACAACGUAACCAGGGAUAUCUUCAGGUCGAACAUGAAUUUACACGACAAACAGGCCCUUAUCAUGAACUUCCCUUAGCAAAAUUAAAUGUUUGCAGUUUGCUUUCAGGAGUUUUCAGGAAAAAUCUGUAUUGCUACCAUUUAGCAGCUUUUUUGCAAGAACAUAAAAUUUCUUUUGAAAAAUUGCAGCAAAUUUACGGCAGAUCUGAUAUUUUUGCUAAGGUUCAGAUCUUGUACGGUUAGCAAAUGUUUUACGUCUGUCAGAGGAGGAUCAGUACGGACCUAAAGCCAGACACUGUGAAAUAACACAAAUGAGAUUUUAUGCGUCUCUCUUUCUCUCUUUUUUAAAUUUUACUUUUAUAAACCCGAUUAACCACAAAUAUGUUUGGUUUUAAUACACGUGAAGUAAUUAACCUUUGAUUUGAAAUGAGAAAUACGUUAUAAUGGACUAUUUUUAAAUAGGUAAUAGGUUAAUGGUUUAAGAAGUGAAGAAUUAAUACUGUAAAGUAGUUAAAAAUUGGUUAUUAUCUGUGUCUGUACAUAAAAAUGUAAAAUGUUUAGGCACAUGAACCUGAUGAAUAGG